AACCAAUAACAGAGCGACAGGUAUGGUACUGAGUAUCGCCAAGGACACCAGGUCCCAGAACUCAGUUGAGAGACCCCAGAUCGUCUGGCACUGUUCUCCUUGAUACAGCGCAUUAUCAUUGAGGUUGUUUUGGAGUCAGCGACGUACACUUAUUUGACCACGAUGAAUCGAGCCCACUCAAUGCUAUUCCUGAUCAUUCUUGCAGGAGUUUGUCCUAAUCAUGUGAACUGUUGGUGUUUGACGGAUGCUUUGCUAGCAGGGGGAGCUGUAGGUGCGGGCGUCGUAGCGGCACCUUUUGUAGCAUCAGCCGCGUUAGGGGCUGUUGGUUUCACUGCCGCCGGGACAGCCGCCGGUUCUGCUGGAGCCGCCCUGAUGUCCACCUAUGGUGGCAGUAUCGCCGCAGGCAGCGCCGUAUCUGUGAUGCAAUCAGUAGGCGCGGCUGGUUUAGGAGUAGCUGGUCAGGCGGUUGGUGGCGCCGUGGCAGGAGCUGCUGCCUACGCCGCUGGUGGGGGCAAUUGUGAUCCAAAAUCUCCCAACUGCUAGAAAAAAAGGGCUUAUGCAUCCUUAUUCAAUAAUGUAGUAACGUUCAUCAAUUUUAAAUUAUCAGGAUACAGUAUAACGUCGUACGUGGCAAUAAUGUCGAAUCUCGAAUGUUUGUAAAAAAAAAACCCAUAUUAUAUUGUAUCUUUUAUAUAUUUCAAAAUAUGCUCAUAUCAAUAAAAAAUUGUUCUCCUAUUUUG